AUGGCCGCACUGAGAAGGUUCAAGUUUGAUAAAAUCGCGGAGAGCCAAAGUCUAAGCGCGCAGGAGGUGGACCAUCUCGAUCGAGUAAGUAUGGUAUCUUUGAAAACGUUAAAAAUACCUGAACAGAUAUGUAAUGCAAAAAAUGACCAGCAGGAAUUGUGUAGAGUUGCCUCGCAUUUUGCCGUCCAAAUUGCUGCACGAGGAGGGGGAAGAAGAAGAGGGGGAAAAAAAAAAAAAAAAAAGGGAAGGAACAAAUUAGAGAACCUCCUUGAAAAGAAGUCAUACCAAUGUUUAAAACAACAUUUGGCAGAGUACCAGAACAAGUGGAAAGACAUGGAGCAAAUGGCCUUGGCGCAUGCGGAGGAUGCGAGACACAUGGGAAAAAACGCUUCCCCCGCCAGGAUGACGUUCUUUCCUGAGUCGUGCAUAGCGUACACGCUUCACAAUUUCAACGCCCACUACGGCGUUAUGUACAGAGUUCUGCACGAGAUCAAAACGCGGCUCCCGCAUUUUGUGCCCAGGAAAGUGUUAGUGUAUUCAGGCGUCCCCGCUGUGGCCGUAGUGGCCCUGAACGAGUUGUACCCAAGUGCGAACAGUAGCAGUGGUGGAAGCGGCGACCGCUGUAGAGACAGAAGCUGCGAGCGCAUCGUGGCCGUGGAGUCGUCCGACUCGUUCGAAUCCAUUUCCAAAUACCUCACGGAGCGCAUCCCCAACGUGAUGUACCAGAUGAACCUCUACAAUAACACCCGGGACAAGUACGACCUCGUAAUCACGUCACACACGUUACUAACCCUGUAUGAUUAUAACGCAAGAAAUUUGUACAUAAAAAACAUGUGGGAGAGGUUGUCCCCUGGAGGAAUCCUUAUCAUUGUGGAGAGUGGUACACCCACUGGGUUCCGCAUGAUCCAUUCCAUAAGAGAGCUUUUCAUAACAGAAUUAAAGUACGACAAAUUUCAUUUCAUCGCUCCAUGUCCUCACGAAAGUAUUUGUCCCCUAGCCUUAACAGGAAAAGACUGGUGCCACUUUGCUCAAAGGACACAUAGGCUCUCUCAUCACAUUUACUGCAAAGGCAGUAGAGCUAAGAAUGUGGAGGAGCUAAAAUAUUCUUACCUUGUUAUACGUAAAUGUGAGGGCCCAAGAACAGUAUACAAAUGUGAAGCGGAUGCCUUGACUCCUGAAGAGAAAUCUUUUUUCUGGCCACGGGUUGUCCUUCCUACCAUCAAGUCGGGUAAGCAUGUCCUAAUCGACGUGUGUUCAAGUCCACAAAAUUUUGAGCGACUUGUAGUAACGAAAAGUGCAUCCCUAAUUCCAAAUUUGCGAACCCCAAAUGGGUCCAUACUUAAGGGGUAUGGAUACAAAAGCGCUAGGAAGUUGCUUUGGGGGGACCUGUUCCGCUUCACCAAGAGGAUUAGUCGGCCCGACGCCAGACUGUACACCCCGGAAAGCACCAAGCAACAUCUCUACAGGCUCUACAAUAAACACAAGCGCCGCCAAAACGUAACGGACGUCGUGGACCGGCAGUCCCGCGAACACUUUGAGUCACGCGCGGUGCAGUUUUACGGGUCCUGA